AUGUCACGGGUUCCGUACCAGCUCCUGGAGCUGAAUAUAAUCUCUGCCCAGGAUUUGGCUCUCGUCUCCAAAAACCCGCGAACUUAUGCGGUUGCGUGGGUCGACCCGACCCGGAAGCUCCGGACCCGAAUAGAUGACCGGGGGAAAGCUAGUCCUACGUGGAACGACAAGUUUGUGUUCCGUAUCGACGAUGCGUUUUUGAAUUCCGAUGAGUCGAUUGUGACGGUUGAGAUCUACGCCGUCGGAUGGCUGAGGGAUACACCUGUGGGAUCCGUUACCGUUUCGAUCGGGAAUUUGAUUCCUCUUUCUGUACGGAGGGAGAGAUCGAGCCGUCGGUUUGUGGCGCUCCAGAUCCGACGGCCGUCGAGCCGGCCGCAGGGGAUCCUUAAUAUGGGGGUUUCCUUACUGGAUAAUACCAUGCGGAGCAUGCCGCUGUGUAGCGAGCUUAGCGCUGGAUUUAGGGAUCUGAUGAUGGAUGAGAAAAUGGGGAAGAAGACGAAGAAGAAAUUGAGCGAGGAUGUUGAUGGAAUUGAUUGUAAGGAGAAGAAGAUCCGGUUGUUCAGAUCUAUGAGCGAUCAGACGGAUCGGACGAGGAAGCAGGGCGGUGCGAAUCAGAGGAAGGGCGGUUCGGUUUGCAAUGGCUCGGUGGUAUACUACGGCGGUGGAUCUGUUGUUAAUGGCGGUGGAUCGGCGGUGAAUGGAGGUGGUUCGAUGGUUGACGGCGGUGGUUCGGUUGUGAACUCUGACGUAGGGCCGUCGCCGUCGGUGGUGGCGGCGGCGGUGGCGUGGGGGUUGUAUCCGACGCAGCACGGGCCGGCGCCGAAGCCGGGGAGCUCGGUGCUGGAGGAUUGGACGGUGGAGGAGACGAGUAUGGAAGGGCUGAAAUCGAAGAUCGAGCGGUGGAGGAUGGAGCUACCGCAGAAGUACGACCAAAAAUACCGGAGGCUUGAAAACAACAAGAGAAGGGAGAAGAAUAAGAAAAACCACCGGCGGAGUAAAACGGCGGUGGACGAUGGAGGCGGCGGCGACGGCGACGAUGACGACGGACUGUUCACGUGCUUCGGCAAUGCUUACGGAUGCGAGUUUACGAUAGUCUGCGGUGCUAAAAAGGACAAAGGCGGCGGCGGCGGAAGGAAAGAACGGCGGCGGACCAAGGGCAGCAAAACUAGCGUUUCGGAAAUAUAUUCUUGA